GAACAUGUAAUAGCCCACUUCGUCGUAUUCAUCGGUUCGUCGCGAUUUGGUUAUACAAAUUGUAGUGUUCUAAAAUUACAUUGGUUUUAAUGAAGUGAACAAUAUUAUUGGUGAUGUUGACCUUAGGCUUAUUGUUAUUUCGUAAACAAACUGUAAAAGAACACACCUUUACUGUAGUAAUCCGUCAAAAAUCGAGAAAGCUUCAAACGUGUUUGAAGCUUUCGUAUUCGCAUUAAUGGAACUAUGAACCUGGACCCUUUAACGUUGAGCUUAUCGCAAAUCAAUUAUCUUGUUGUUAAUUUAAAUAAGAAAAACUUCAAACAAACGAGUCAGGAGUUGUCACAGCUUGUCAGUCUUUAUGGGCUGGAAGCAGAAAACCAUCUUCUGAGGUGCUUGCUUACUGAAGCGGUGAAGGCAUCUUGGGAUAGUGAUCGGCCCAGCUCAAGUAUCACCUCGAACCUCCACGCGUCGCUUCUGUCGCAGCAUUUGGCGGCACUGCUCAACCACCCAGCAAAAUCUACAGUACUGUGUCGCGCAGUCGACAAUCCUUCUCGGGCUCUACAAAAGAUAUUAAAACCGACAAACACUUUACUUAAUCGGUUGUCAAGAUUACUGAGAUUAACUACUGCAGAAGAUGUGGCUUUCUCGUUGAUAUUGAGAAGACAUUCUUCAAAGCCAGAAAUAGUAUCAUUGGCAAAACAGCACUUGAAAAAGAGAUUUCUAGAUCUCGUGCAGUGCUACCUCGACGCGGAACGUGGGCAUCAAGUGGAGCGUGCAGGUCUUCAGGAAUGCAGCCCUGAAGUAUUGCAAACUCUACUUACUAAUCUUGCUCAACAAACACUAGCGACUGUGACUAAAGAAUUAUUCUUAUUACGGUUACGUGUAGACUUUCGCCGCGAAGUAGUUCCAAUCGUAUUAGCUCCAUUACUGUAUCCGGAUGAUACCCAGUCUCCUUUGGAGGAAAUGACCACAGCUGAUGACAUGACAGCAGCAAUGAUGGAUAACUCACUAGCGGAGGUCAUCAGGGAUAUUGGCUAUUCAUUCACUUCCUCAGUGGAAGACUGCAAGAACAACAUGCUGAAUUUUGGAGCACGUGAGCCAACGGCUAUGGACGUUGCCAGAAUGAUAUCUUUAAUGAUUAGAUACCACACCACAAUCCAAGAUGGCCCACAAAUACAGACACCGGGCAAUUAUUGGAUGACCCAUGAUACUAAAAAAGAGACCUUGUGUCUCAAUCAUGGGGAGACAUGGAAUCCUGAUGUAUUCGUGCAAACUCUCAAGGAGCUCGCCUCUAACUUGAAUUGGAAGGAAGUAAUACUACAACUAGAUAAUCCUGAAUUUCUAGUUCCUGACAGACAAGGACUGGGUUUAUUGUUCUCUAUUUUACGUCUAGGCCUACAGAGCGCAGGAUAUCCUUCAAAUAUAUUUCCUGUAGACUACCUCUGUCGUCGUUGGGUCAACUUAGAGGGACAAAUGAGUCUAAUCAGCGCUAUCAUUAAACAUCCAGAUAUUUUCUGUUUUGCUGAUCAUCCUUUUCAUCCGGUACAAAUUGACCUUCUCAAGUCUCCACCCGAAACGGACAAUAAGGAAAUAGCUACUUGGCGAUGCCUUUGUUUGGUAGAACUUCUUAUAUUCACUGCUGAGCGUGGAUAUUAUAUACAAGUCCAUGAUUUACUCAAGUUUCCAUUACAACACUGUCCUGAUAUUUUACUUCUUGCUUUACUGCAAAUACCACCACCUAUAACUGCUUUUAGGCAAGAGCUCAUGACAAUGCUCAUACCAGUCUUCUUAGGCAAUCAUCCUAAUUCUGGAACUAUAUUACAUCAUGCUUGGCAUACACAAAAUCCCAAUAUAAAGCCCAUCAUUAUGCAUUCUAUGGCAGAUUGGUACAUACGUGGCGAAUGUGAUCAGUCAAAAUUAUCCAGAAUAUUAGAUGUUGCUCAAGAUCUGAAGGCACUGUCAUUAUUAUUAAAUGUACAGUCUUUUCCAUUCGUUAUCGACCUUGCUUGUUUAGCAUCACGACGUGAGUACCUUAAACUUGAUAAGUGGUUGACGGACAAGAUCAGAGACCAUGGCGAGAUAUUCGUGUCAGCGAUGGUUAAAUUUCUACAGAGAAGAUGCCCUCAAAUGCUCAUGAAACCAGAAGAUCAAUUACCUAAAGCAGCGCAGCUUCCCAACGAGACUAUAACCACUAUGUUAACUUGCUUACAGUUGUGUGUACCAAACGUGCAACCGGAAUUACAGGAAGCUAUAUACAACGUCAUCGGUAACUGCCAGCCACUAUUAAUUAACAAAAGACAAAGCAUCGGUAUAGCUCGUCCACACACGAGAAUCAUUGAAGCACCAUUUAAUCCAGCCAUAGGCUUAGGAGGGCCGUUGUUUACUCCGCAUGUUGAAACUAUUGCUAGUUUGACGACAAAUGUAGCUAACAUGACUUUGGGAGCUCCGGCAAAUACUGCUUUUGCUAUGCCUGGAACUCUUGGUCCGUUAGUUGCAGCACCAGGCUCACCUUCUCGAUUGAUGGGGGCAGCGCCUAAUAGUCCUUUUGCGAUGAUGCCAAUCCCGCAUAAUGCAAAUGUUGCCAAUAUGGGUGCUCUGGCUAGAAUGGCUCCUAUGCCACCGAUGGAAAAACCACGUAUUCCGGAACCUAUACAUUUUCCUGAAAUGAUGCACAAUGUCACCAAGGAAAUAGAAGAUGAAGCAAAUGGUUAUUUUCAAAGAAUAUACAAUCACCCACCGCAUCCUACUUUAUCUAUAGACGAGGUAUUGGAUAUGUUGAAGAAAUUUCAAGAUUCUCCAAAUAAAAGAGAACAGGAUGUGUUCUCCUGUAUGCUACGUAAUCUUUUUGAAGAAUACAAGUUUUUCCCUCAGUAUCCGGAUAAGGAAUUACAUAUAACCGCCCAACUAUUCGGCGGUAUCAUCGAAAAAGGACUUGUUCCAAGUUACGUAUCGUUGGGUUUAGCUUUACGAUUCGUGCUUGAUGCGCUACGGAAGCCGGAGGGCUCUAAAAUGUAUUACUUCGGUAUAGCUGCUCUAGAUCGAUUUAAAUCGCGUCUUAAAGAUUACCACAAAUACUGUGAGCAUGUAAGAGCUAUUCCACAUUUUAGUGAAUUCCCUCCACAUCUGAUCGAGUACACUGAAUAUGGUCUGCAGAGUCAAGAACCGCCCACUAAACCUCAAGGCCCCGUUUUACCGCCCGGUUCAGCAAUGCUGAAUCAAGUUCCUGUUGUUGUUUCGGCGCCCUACAGGGCUGUUGUAUGCGCACAUUCGGCAAUGUCAGCCAUACCGAAAAUCUCGAGCUGUGGCAUUGGAGGCUUGGGAAGUCGACCCUCCAUUGCGAACGCAACCAACAUCGAUACGCUUCUUACUGCAACCGACAGGGAGGAGAAAAUUAAUUCUCCCCCAGAGGCUGUACAAGAUAAAACGGCCUUCAUUUUCAAUAACCUCAGUCAAUUGAACCUCCAGACAAAAUGUGAAGAGCUCAAGGAAAUAAUCACUGACGAAUAUUAUCCAUGGCUAUCUCAAUAUCUGGUCAUGAAGCGUGCGUCUAUCGAAUUAAAUUUCCACGUACUAUAUUCCAAUUUCCUUGAUGUUCUUAAAAUUCGUGACAUCAAUAAAAUGGUCACCAAAGAGACUUAUCGUAACAUCAGAGUUCUCUUACGCUCGGACAAAGGAAUUGCAAACUUUUCUGACCGUUCACUACUGAAAAAUCUUGGUCACUGGCUUGGCAUGCUGACCUUAGCUCGUAAUCAACCCAUUUUACAUAUUGAUUUAGAUCUCAAAGCAUUAUUACUUGAAGCAUAUCACAAAGGCCAACAAGAACUGCUGUAUGUGGUACCAUUUGUCGCGAAAAUCUUAGAGUCUUGCGCUAAAAGCGUCGUGUUCAGACCACCAAAUCCUUGGACAAUGUCGCUAAUGAACGUUCUCGCAGAACUUCAUACAGAGCAAGAUUUGAAAUUGAACUUGAAGUUUGAAAUAGAAGUCCUCUGCAAAAACCUUGGACUAGACAUUACAGACCUUAAACCGACUUUAUACUUGAAAGAUCCUGAGAAACUUCGCUUAAUAGAGUUCCAACUUUCACAGCCCAAACCAAAUAAAGAGGCGCCGAAUGUCAUGCCGGUGCCUCAGACGGUAUUGGUUCCACCACAAUUACAAAUGAUGACACAACCACCUAUGUUGAUGCCAGAGGACCUGGCAAUAGCCGCGACGCCCACCGGGGCGCUUAUCGCAAACGACCCCAAUAUGAUGGGCAUGAUAGGUUUACCGGAGCCCAGAUUUAGCUAUCUAGACGUUAAUGUGACAUCAACUUCUGCCUUUGGUCAAAAGAUAAUUUUCAAUCCGCACAUUAUUCUAUUCCAAAAUUUCCCCCAUUUAAAGCAGUUUGUCAAGCCCGCGAUAGAGAGGUCAAUUCAGGAAUGGAUUCACCCAGUAGUGGACCGGUCAAUUAAGUAUGCAUUGACUACAUGCGAGCAGAUAAUCAGAAAAGAUUUUGCUCUGGACCCGGAUGAAGUAAGAAUGCGUACAUGCGCACAUCAUAUGAUGAGAAACUUGACUGCUGGUAUGGCCAUGAUCACUUGUCGCGAACAGAUCAUUACCACCAUUAGCACCAACUUGAAGACUUCAUUCAUAACAGCGUUAAUGCCUUCGACACCACAACAGGAAAUCGUCGAAAGCGCCGCAGCAGUUCUAGCUACUGAAAAUAUGGAACUCGCGUGCGCUUUUAUUCAGAAAACAGCCGUGGAAAAGGCUUUACCCGAACUCGACAAAAGAUUGAUGAACGACUAUGAGAUUAGAAAGAUCGCAAGGCAGGAGGGCAGACGCUAUUACGACCCUGUCGUUCUGUCCUAUCAGACAGAGAGAAUCUCGGAAAGGGUUCGUCUACGUGUUAGCGGUCCCACAGAAAUGCAAAUAUCUGUAUACGAAGAAUUCGCAUGCAAUAUUCCAGGCUUCAUGCCUAUUCGAGAUGCUGGCAUGUUCAUUCCUAGACCAUCAGCACAGGACCAGAUGCCACAGCUGACUUUCAGCCAAGUUAUAAACCCGACUCAGGUGUACGGUGCGGAUGAGAUGACAGCGCUGAUCACCGCUGCAGACAUGUUCCUGGCGAACUCCGUCGGAGUUGCGACCCUCACUGUACAAGCCGGAAACAUGCACUCACUGUUAGAAUGUCUUUACAUUGCGAGGAGGAACCGUGACAUCGUAUCCGGUUGCACUCUUUUGCAGAAGGCCGUGGAAGGUCUGCUCGAUGGACACAUGGUCCAACCCGGCGCCUCCGGUGACCACUUGGAGAUGAUGACACGCUAUCGCGAUAUCCACAUUCGUGUACUGAAACUGUUGGAGGAUGGCCGCGUUUAUGGACAUGCAUGGACAACUAAGCAGAUCACCUGCUGCCUUACAGAGUGCAGGGAAGAUCUCAGAUACAACAUUGAGGCUGUCGACUGCCUCAUCAGAAAUCAUUUGGUUAACUUGCACCAGUACGACAUUGCUAUUGCCCACAUGAUGGACAACGGGGGCAACUACAUGUCCGUGGCGUUUGCAAUGCAACUAGUUCAGCUCUACCUGGUCGACGAUAGGAACAACAUGUUCGUCACCGAGGCGGACUUGUUCCACACAACGGAUAUGCUGGUGCGCAUCAUGACUCACUCGCGACAACAACCUCCGGAGGGGUUGGGAACCCUGAUCGAGAUGCUGCGGGUCAAUCAGGACCCUAGCGCCUAUUUGGGCGAGAGGUCACCUCUUGGCCCGACGGCACACAUUCAUUCUGGAAUUAUGGCAGUUCGUCAAUCACGAGAAUUCGAGGAUCCACCUGGUCUACAAGAGAAAACAGAGAGCCUACUCCGCGAAUGGAGAACAAACCUGCUCAAUCCACUAACUGAGAUAGAGAUCGCACAGAAUUUCAAUCUGUACGUUCAUCGUAUGAAUAUGAACGGCAUAUUGAAGUCGGACGACAUGGUCACUAGAUUCUUCAAGAUUGCCUCUCAGAUGUGCAUCGAGAACGUAUACCAACAACUGAACGAGGAAAGGGUCAACCCACCACAGGUGCCCUCGAAGAAAGAGAAGUUUUACACGAUGUGCGAUUCAUUUAUUAAACUUGUGUCGCUGCUUAUCAAGAAUACAGCUGAGAGCGGUAACCCUACCCCCAAACUGAACCUCUUGAACAAGAUACUCGGUGUCAUCGCCGGCUGGAUACUGCUGGACCACGAGGAGCAGGGCGUCAACUUCCAGCAGCUGCCAUAUCACAGGCUCCUAAUCAUCUUGUUCCUCGACAUGAACAUGGCAGAACCUGUUUUAGAGUCCAUGAAUUACCAGGUACUCACUGCGUUUUGUCACACACUACGCAUUAUACGGCCCAGCAACGCAUCUGGCUUCUGCUUCGCUUGGCUCGAGAUUGUGGCUCAUCGCGCCUUUAUCAACCGCGUGCUGGCAGUCACGCCGCAGCAAAAGGGAUGGGGAAUGUACUCGACACUGCUGAUCGACUUGUUCAAAUUCUUGGAUCCGUUCCUCCGUAACACUGAACUGGCGCCACCCGUCAUGAUGCUGUACAAAGGCACUCUGAAAGUGCUGCUUGUCUUAUUGCAUGACUUCCCAGAGUUCUUGUGCGACUAUCACUACGGUUUCUGUGACGAAAUACCACCCAAUUGCAUUCAGAUGAGGAACCUCAUAUUGUCUGCGUUCCCGAGGAACAUGCGCCUUCCUGAUCCUUUCACGCCCAACCUAAAGGUGGACUUGCUGGCCGAGAUCAACCUGCCGCCGCGUGCCGUCAUCAAUUACACCACUAUCUUGCCAUCGUCGCAGUUCAAGAAGGAUCUCGACGCGUAUCUCAAGGCGCGCGCGCCAGUGACUUUCCUAUCGGAACUGCGCGGUAACAUGCAGGUGUUAAACGAACCAGGCCGCCGUUACAAUAGCCAGCUGAUGAACGCCGUAGUGUUGUAUGUUGGUACACAGGCGAUAUCCUAUAUUCGAUCCAAGGGACAAACGCCCAAUAUGUCCACCAUAGCACACUCGGCUCACAUGGACAUCUUCCAGAACUUCACGGUCGAUUUUGAUUAUGAAGGAAGAUAUUUAUUCCUCAACGCGAUUGCCAACCAGCUGCGCUAUCCGAACAGCCACACACACUACUUCUCUUGCUGUCUACUUUACCUAUUCGCGGAGGCGAACUCGGAAGCUGUGCAAGAGCAAAUCACGAGGAUGCUGCUGGAGAGACUGAUCGUGAAUAGACCCCACCCAUGGGGCCUGCUCAUCACGUUCAUCGAAUUGAUCAAGAACCCUGUCUACAAGUUCUGGUCCCACGAAUUUGUACACUGCGCUCCGGAGAUUAAGAAAUAUUGCAGCUUCAGAUGGCUAUCUACAGUUUAGUAUGAGACACGGAGGUAUUCUCGCCCCGCUGCCGCUGGAUUUAUACGACAGAUAACUGUGUUAACCUAUACACUUUUAAGAAUACUGUCGUAAGAAGAUUUUGUAUGUUCUACUAAUAGAUUAUUUGAGUGAACAUCAAUAUCUUUAAAUUAUAAUAUUUGAUUUUGAUUCUGUUAUUUGACAGAGUAUUGUCAAAAUGAGUAUAGUUCUAGGUAUUAGUUUAUACUGCAUGUAUCUUUUUACCAUGUAAAAAAAAUACAUGAAGCUGAUUCGUAUGAAAUAUGUUAAUUAUCCAGAGAUAUUAUUAUUUUAUAUGAUUAUAUUACUUUAGCCAUUAUCGUCAUAAUCGCGAUAAUAAAAAUAUUUUGUAGGUUUGGAUGCAAUUUUUUAUUGUAUAUUCAUAGUAAAUAUCAGAGCAGAGUCGAUUAGUAUUGAGUGUAAUAUCUUGACGUAUCGUUUUUCUACUUUAUAUAGCUUCAUUGCUCAUUACUUAUUUCAUAAAAGUCAUUCUGUUAAUUGAAUGAUUGUAUUUGUUUGUUAUUUUAACUUGAUCUAUGUCUUUAAGUAGGAAAUGAUAAUAAAGAUCAAAAUGUAAAAGAAGAAACGUCAUUUUAAUAUGACAGUAAAAAUUGAAUUCCAUUUUGUACCUUUUUUUUCACGAGAAACUUAAUAUUAUUAUUAAUUGAAUAAGUGAUUAUUAACAAUGCUCAUCAUUUCA